AGAGGAUGAGUAUGGAGCUUCUUUGGUCAUGCAGUCGCAGAGCAGUCUGCCUUCAAGGUUGCGACGGAUACAAGAUUUGCUCAUCGCGAGAGUGAUGAAUCCGGACACGAGUCCGCAGCUCAUCCGCGAGGUGAGACUCCACCGACUAUUGAAUGGGAAGUUGGCAAGGAAAACGACGGAAGGUGGCGAUCGCGGAAGCUCAACCACAGCAUUAGAAGAUGGCUCAUCUACAACAUCUAGUAGUACGUUAGCUACAGCAGCAGGUCAACGUCAAGGUAGUACAAAAGAAAAAGCCAUGAUGCCAUUCGUCUACGACCCAGCAGAGGUGCCCAAGUUAGCAUGCCGUCAUCUCGCAUCGCACGAGUUGGAUGAAAGCUCUCUUGCAGCCGCGCUAGCAGGUGAUACGGCGUUCGCGCAUGGGGGUGCAUCAACGGCACCUGCAGUAGUAGUGCCCGACGACCAGCACAGCACUUCUCCGAGUACUAGACGUGCAACAGGAGCAUCAACGAUUUCAUCGUUCUCUUCGUUGCACGACAGUGCAUCAGCUAGUACGACUGCAACUAGCACUGGCAAGUCCACCCCCUUUUACAACAACCACGUCUUGUACAGCGACAUGGCCAGAGUCCGUAACGCCUUGGAAAAACGAACAGACAGUGUAGAUCCUACCUUAUUGGUCUAUGACUUCAUUGCCCGUGGUCGGAAUCAGUCAUUCAUCUCUAGUGGUGGCGGUGGAAGUAGGACAUUCCGUGGUCGAGCCGCGCCAACAAUUUUGCGAGAACUCUUCAUGGACACGUGUAACAACGUCUUUUCCUUGUUGGACGAGCGAGGGCUAACAACGCAGGUCAGGGACGUGGUUAUCAAUAGCGUGGACAGUGCAAGUAAUUUGUUGUUGCCGAGGAGGAGAGUGCUGAGAGAAGCACUGGGUGUACUAGGACUAAGGCAGGGAGAACAGCUUCUCGAGCAACAGGAGCGAGAUUCUUCUAGUUCUAGUCCUUUGAGCGGUGUCGAAACGGAAUCGUCAACGAGAACAACAUCCUCCACCACCACCCCAUCACUAGAAGUUGGAGUCGGUACUACUAGAGUACCAACAGGCAGUCCCCAAAAAUCCACCAAAAAUCUAGCAACAGUGCGGUCUAUCCAGACCCCUGUUCAUGUGCCAAGAAGUCGAGACGUCUUAUCGGAUGCCGUACGCCAAACGAAGCUUCUACAUUGCCCACAGCCACUUUUGGAUGCUUUAGAGAGGAUAAACGGCGUGGAUCUUUUUGUGGAGGUCGGCGGCUAUCAUGGAGACUGCGCGGUUGCUGUAGCUGCAACUCGGCUUGUCCGCAAGACUUAAGGCUUCCCCUAAUAAAUCCAUCUCGUGUAAAGGGAUCCCUCAAGCUCAACCCGUGUAUAGGGAUCCCUCACCCUCAACCGUAUGCGAUAUACUACGGGAGUACUGACGCAUACGCUUGCGGGAAUUCCACAGGGCUGAACUCGGGAGAGGUCUAAAAGACUGUAGUAGCGAUUGAUGGUAACGCGGCUGCCUUGGCCGCCUCUAGGCGCAGUCUAGAAGCAAUUUCACAGGAUUGGGCUGAAAGACAAGACAGGAGAACUACUUCUAGCACAGGUGGUCCACCUAGCCCUCUUGUUGUUGAUGCGAGCGAUAGUACUACUACAACUUCUGGCAAGGAUUCUUCACACUCAUCUUCUACUUCUAGGCUCCGUGCAAUAGCCUCAAAUCUCUUCGUAGCUGGAAGGGAAGGAAGAUUCCGUUUGCGGAAAAGCCAUCGUGACCCUGAUUCUGAGUCGCUUUUUCAGCAAGAAGGAAGUGAAUCUUAUAGCAAUUUCGCUGGACCCAACCUUUUUCGCUCUGCUAAAUGGGAAAAGUGUGAAGACAGUGAUGAAGAUGUAAGUACUGGAAGAACUUCUAAAGCCGGAAAUACAGAAGAAGAAACUCUUCAAAGUCGUGGCACAAGAACUGGCUCAUCAUCAUCCGCUUCCUCAUGGCCCUGUAUCGAUUUCACUACACUGGACAAAUUUGUGCGCAAGCACUUGCCAGAAGCAUUCGCUAUCGAUGAUCUUAGAGACCCUGGCCAACGCGGACAAGCGCGAGGGCUGUCGCAUCCAAGAGCUUCCUCUUCUACAUCGGGAAUACCAAUACGACCUUCUACAUCUUCGACUAGUACCCCUGAAACUGAUGAAACCCUUGAUGGUGUCGACUAUGAUGGAGAGUCAAUAACUCGUUAUAUUUUUCCAACCGGAGGACGAGUAGCGUCGUCACCUCCUGUUGACGACUCUUCUAUUACACAACAUCAACAAGAAGCCUCCACCCUAGAACAGCAAGCGCACGAAAGUGAUGCCACCACUAGAAGCGCAGCUUUGCGACUCAAGGUGAGCGGGAACGAGGACGAAAUUGUCUCCAAAGGAAUGCUGUCUCUCUUGCGCAGACAGAUUUUCAGGAUAAUCCACAUUAACGUGACUAAAUGGUGCACCUUGAGGCGGUAUGUGGACAUCUUCAACAAACGAAAGGGAAACACGCGCUCUUCUAAUAUACAAGCGGAUGCGUUUCGCCCUUGUGUGGAUGACAUAGUGGACAUCUUAGCAGAUUUCGGCUUAAGGCAAUAACUUACAACUACCACUCAGUGCUAUAAAUUGAUGGGAUGCAGCAGCAGCAGCACUUCUGCAAGUGCAUGCUUAUGCUUGGAUAACUUUAACUGUACGCGGUCGUGUAAAAGAAAAAUCAUGCUGGAUAAAGUCAAGAGACCAAGAAGCUCGUCGUCCAUUUCCACCUCCUCACUCUAAUAAGAUACGAAAUUGAAUCCGUCCAGAAAACGGGCGCCGAAGUCUCCUUUUUCCCCAACAUUCCCGAAGUCCCUUGGCAUGGGUACAACAUUCUCGCUGUGUUGGGUAUUCCGUGAGGAUCGUCAUGCUGAAAUUUCAAUAUCCCAUGAAGAAGAUCUGCAUUGAGUCACUCCUUCGUUAGCUAUGUUGGGUAAUCCUUGAACAAGAUCUGCAUUGAGUCACUCCUUCGUUAGCUGUUUUUCGGAAUUUACGAAGUCAGGAGGGCCCUAGGACUCUCAUUCUUCGAGUCGGCAAUGAAGAAGUUGUAGAAGUUAUCAGGUUUUGUUCAGUUGGUCUUCAUCACUGUAUCUAUUGCUUCUAUUGAUGAUUCGGAUUUCACCGAUAAGACCUUAGUUUUGAUUUUCAUAUUGAUACUGUUUGAAGGAGUACUUAAAUUUUUUCAUGCUAGAAGUAGCACUGAUGUUGUAAGUGCCUAGUUUGACUUUGAAGUUCAAGCUCUUUUUAUGUACCGACGAUUUCAUAUCGAACCAACUGUAGAAAGAUUUUUCUUGCCAACUAUAUGCUUUUGCUCUAGCAUCAGUGGCUACUGAGAAAAGCUGCUGACCCUGUGUCUGGCUCUGAGGUGUGAAAUUUGCCUCUAUAAUUAAACAUAACUACACAGUGAAAAUCAAACUUUGACUCCAGGCUGCAGAUGUUUUUUCAUCUUUGCGAGAAAGCUAGAAAUAUUAACUCUCCUUCAAUCGAUCUAAACAAUUCACUCUAGCUACAACACGAAGAUGAUCAGCAUCCACAUCCGCCUGACUAUCUUCAUAAACUUCGAGAUCAUGCGCGUCAUGGAUGAUCCGUAGAGCACUCAACAUAAAAUGAUCACGCUACAG